GUCUAGCCGCAGCCAAAGUGCUGUCGUGACACCAUCAAGGCAUGGACGAUUUGUCUCAUGAGCAGACCUUCAACCAGGUCACGAUGACUUGGGAUGGUGGAUGGAGCGUGUCCCCAUCACAGCCAGUCAACAUGAGCCUCGCUGACAUUCUGGGAAACCAUGUCAUGCAGGCAAAGUUGUACGAGGCAGCACUCUCAGCAUCCUCGAAGAUCGAAGAUGUGAGGGCAUCUCUUGGAGCGGCCAACGACGCCCUCACCACCAGUGCGACCAUGGAGCUGCUCAUCUGA